AAGCGGCUUCUACGUGGGAGUGUCAGGAGAAGCGAGACAGCCACAUGGAAGACACCCAGGACCUAAAUGAGCAAUCAGUAAAGAAAACGUGUCCAGAAUCCGAUGUUUCAGAACCUCAGAAUUCCAGGUCUAUGGAAAUGCAAGACCUAUCAAGUCCCCAUGCCUUGGUCGGGGGCAGUGAUACACCUGGGGGCUCCAAGCUGGAUAAAUCCAGUCUCAGCAGCACUUCAGUCACGACAAACGGGACAGGAGUGUCUCUCCUUGCAGUCAAAACAGAGCCCUUGAACAGCAAUGAAACCUCAACCACGACUGGAGAUGGAACGCUUGACACUUUUACUGGGUCAGUAAUAACGAGUAGCGGCUACAGCCCCAGAUCAGCACAUCAGUAUUCCCCACAGCUGUAUCCAUCAAAGCCCUAUCCACACAUUCUUUCUACACCAGCAGCUCAAACAAUGUCGGCCUAUGCAGGCCAGACUCAGUAUUCGGGAAUGCAGCAGCCAGCAGUGUACACAGCCUACUCACAGACAGGACAGCCCUACAGCCUGCCUGCUUAUGAUCUUGGUGUGAUGUUGCCAGCCAUCAAGACAGAAAGUGGGCUUUCCCAAACUCAGUCUCCAUUACAAAGUGGCUGCCUCAGUUACAGCCCUGGAUUUUCUACCCCACAACCAGGCCAGACACCUUAUUCUUACCAAAUGCCAGGCUCCAGUUUUGCACCAUCAUCUACUAUUUAUGCAAAUAAUUCCGUUUCCAAUUCAACAAACUUCAGUGGCUCACAACAGGAUUACCCAACCUACACAGCCUUUGGCCAAAACCAAUAUGCUCAGUAUUACUCAGCAUCCACCUAUGGGGCAUAUAUGACAUCAAACAGCACAGCUGAUGGCACCCCAUCAUCAACCUCAACUUAUCAGCUGCAGGACUCUCUCCCAGGACUGACGAGCCAGCCAGGUACAGAUCUUCACCCAGGAGAAUUUGAUACAGUGCAGAGCCCCUCUACACCAAUCAAAGAUCUUGAUGACAGAACAUGUAGAAGUUCCGGGUCAAAGUCUCGAGGAAGAGGCCGGAAAAAUAAUCCCUCCCCACCGCCGGACAGUGACCUGGAGCGUGUAUUUGUCUGGGACUUGGAUGAGACCAUCAUUGUCUUCCACUCUCUCCUCACUGGAUCUUAUGCACAGAAGUAUGGCAAGGAUCCCCCAAUGGCUGUGACCCUCGGGCUCCGUAUGGAGGAAAUGAUCUUUAAUCUUGCUGAUACACAUUUGUUUUUUAAUGAUUUAGAGGAGUGUGAUCAAGUUCAUAUAGAUGAUGUUUCCUCAGAUGACAAUGGUCAGGACUUAAGUACCUACAGUUUUGCAACUGAUGGCUUCCAUGCAGCUGCAAGUAGUGCGAACCUUUGUUUGCCAACAGGUGUGAGAGGGGGAGUGGACUGGAUGAGGAAGUUGGCUUUCCGUUACAGAAGAGUAAAGGAAUUAUAUAACACCUACAAGAACAAUGUCGGAGGACUCCUUGGUCCAGCCAAGAGGGAUGCGUGGCUGCAGUUAAGGGCAGAGAUUGAAGGCCUAACAGAUUCCUGGCUAACAAAUGCACUUAAGUCAUUAUCAAUUAUUAGUACUAGGAGUAACUGUGUAAAUGUCUUGGUAACGACAACGCAGCUGAUCCCUGCUCUGGCAAAGGUCCUGCUCUACAGCCUAGGAGGUGCUUUUCCCAUUGAGAACAUUUACAGUGCAACUAAAAUAGGCAAGGAAAGCUGUUUUGAGCGUAUAGUGUCCAGAUUUGGCACUAACAUAACUUAUGUUGUGAUUGGAGAUGGCCGAGAUGAGGAGCAUGCCGCUAAGCAGCACAACAUGCCCUUUUGGAGGAUAUCAAGCCACUCGGACCUCUUGGCUCUACAUCAAGCACUGGAAUUAGAGUAUUUGUAACUGUAUUCUCUAGCUGGGGAUCCAUUUUAUAUAUAUAUAUAUAUAUUUCAAGUACACUGAAUUUUUAUGUGUGAUCCAGUGCCGCUGGCUUCUUCUACACAUAUAAAUGGUCUUAAAGGAUGAAAUCAAACUUGGAAUGAAAACUCCAGAGUGAAGAAUUCAGGUUGCUGAAUGGAAUUAAACUUUAGUGCUACAGCAAGGAAACGCUAUGGUCUUAUUAUCUUUACAAUACUUUCAUGGUUUAAAAAAAUAAUCUGUGGAGGUUGCUGACACACACCAAAUGAGUCCUAACUGGAAUUAACAGCUUUAGUAAAGAACUUGAACCCUCCCGAA